UUCCAAGCUUUUUUUUAUUUGUCGCACAUAUGUGGUAAACAGUUUUACUGUGUUAUUUUUUGUUAUGUGUAGCAGUAGGUUUGUUGUUUUAUCUAUCAUCCGUUUGUCAUGCUUAACGUAGGUAUAGACACGUGCUACAAAGUUUCUAUCCAUAUAAAGAUAAGGAAGGUUAAAAUGCAUGUCACUGACAUGUUCAAUGCGUGAAAGGGGGGAAUAUAUAUAUAUAUAUAUUUAUAGGAUAGAAAACAAAUUCAUUGGGUAUUAUGUAUAUGUAUGUAAGUGUUGAUACCUAAAUCUGUGAGCAAUUGAAGCGAAUAUGAAAUGCAAUAAUAUAGAUAAUUUAUUAAGAUCUUUACAUUCGAAACAAAUCGUUAUAUAUUCUUACAAUGUAAUCGUUUCAAUCAUAUCUAUACACCACCAUCACUUAUCAACAUAUACUUUCUAAGAGGUUAGCAUUAACAAAACUACAUAAUUCCGUUAAUUGUAUCUGAUGUGUUUCACGUUAGUUGGCGGCAGACGUCAAAAUCACUGAGAUACAUAUAUUCCUCCUAUUUUUUUUCUUCGAAAAAAAGACGAAGAGUAGCAAUUUGUUGCACAAUGAAUGAUUACAUUUACACGUUACCUAUUACCCAACCAUUUAAAAAUAUUAAUAAUAAUAAUGAUAAUUUUUAUUCGACUGCAUUUACAACAACUAUCGCUCCUACUACUAGUACUAAUACUAGUCCUACUGGAACAAUAACAGUCAAUAAAACCGUACUUUGUAAUGAUGUAUCAAAUGAUCAAAAGGAUUAUUGUUAUAAUUAUACAACGGAACCACAACAGUUUGAAUCAAUACCUUUAUCACUGUUCAAUAUUCAAAAACAAAAUGAUCCAAUUGUCAAUAAUGAAUACUAUGUAUCUGAUGGAAAUUUGCUAAACAAUAAUAACCAUAGUGAUUAUCAUAAUAUAUUACCAACACAAUCAUAUCCUUUUUAUCCAGUAAAGUAUAAUGAAUUGACCAAAGAUGUGUAUCAUUCAAUACAGACCAGUUCUUUUAAUAAGAAUGAUUUAGAUAUUCAAGCACAAUCAAAUUAUAUGAAUGAUAAUAUCAAUCAUAAUAAUAAUAAUGAUAAUAAUAAUAAUCCCAUACAGUUACCAACUACUGAUACUUAUGAAUAUCAACAACAGGUAACUCCUAUCAUAAAUGAACAAUAUUUAUAUACUACUAAUAUAUUAGAUAAAUUUAUAACAAAAAAUGAUUGGAAUCAACAAACUAUAAUUACAGAAUCAUCUAAUCUAAUAAAAUGUAAAACACAAAAUUCUUUAUGUCAUACACCAGAUUCUAAAAAUUCAACAGGAUUUAUUAGUUUAAAUGAGAAUAAUCAUUUAGAACAUCAACGAUUACCUCAUCUAACCUCCGAUCUGGAUUGUCAUAUUCCUAACUUAAGUGACUAUUCUAUAAUAUCAAAAAAUGAUGAGGUGAACACUUCUCAAACGAAAUCGACUUAUCAUUUACCAACGGAACUCAACAGAAAACGUAAAUCCUCCAAUCAUAUACCACUUGAAAAAUCAAUGAGUCUAUUCCACGAUCAACACUCAUCUUUAUCCAAAUAUCAUCAUACACUUAAAACAAAUAGACCAACACACAAGUUUACUUAUCAUUCUACUAAUACUUAUAAUGCUAAUGGUAAUUAUACUACUUGCAAUAAUGUUACUCGUCAUUUAAAAUCCUUACAAAAUAAACACAUCACUCCUGAUAAUACUUGUUGUCAUACAUAUGAUUCAUAUAUACAUAAUGAAAAUUUAUUACAAUCAUUUAACAAUAAAACUAGUUCAAAAGUAAAAAAUCAAACAAUCAUACCAUCAUCUUCAUCAUCAUCUAAUAGUAUUCUAUCACGUUCACCAUAUAAAUGUCGUAAAUGUAAAGGACAUGGUAUGUCUGAACCAGUUAGACAACAUAAACGUAAUUGUCCAUAUCGUGAUUGUACAUGUGAUAUGUGUUAUUUAGUUGAAAAAGGUCGUCGUAUUGUAGCUCAACAAAUUGCAUUAUUUCGUGAUCAAAAAAAUCAUAAUAUUCAAAAAUUAUCAUAUCAAAAAGAUCGUUCUAUAAAGAAUAUAAUAAUUAAAGAAUCAUUAAAUAAUAUAAAUGAAGAUAAUGGACCACAUUGUCGUCGAUGUCGUAAUCAUGGACAUAAUAUUUCAUGGAAAGGUCAUAAAAAAACAUGUCCAUAUAAAGAAUGUUAUUGUGAUCAAUGUAUUUUAAUAUCAUUACGUAAAUCAAAUGAAAAAGAUCUAAGAGAAGUAACUCAAGAAUUUAUUGAUAGUCAACCAGAGAAUGGAGAAAAGAAAACAUCAACAAAGAAUACUUCGGCUAACUAUGAGACAAAUACAUGUAGCUUUAAUGAAAAAUGUUACAUUAUUAAUUCAAACUUCAGUUCAACCACUUCAGAAGAUUAUAAUCACAAUGCUUUAUAUAAUCCAUACUCUAAUAACGAUCCAGUCGUUUCUUUCGAUGAAAAUUGUAAAGCUCAUGAUUCAUUUUACCCACCUUUAGUAAAUAAAACUUGUGUAAAUUCAUUGAUCCAUCACUUAGUCACUUCUUCCAAUACUACAACUUUGGAUCCAUUCUAUACAACACAUAUCAGUAAGUGUGAAAAUAAACAAAUAUGUUGCUCUUCAACUACAUUUUCACAUUUAAAAUCUAUAGAAAAUCCUAAUCUUGAGCCUUCAACCUAUCGAGAAGCAUUCAACAACAUUACAAAAUCAUUUAAUUUUUCAGAAAAUACAAAUUCUUUAAAUUUUGACAAGAAUGAAUUCAAUUCACAAAAGAUACCUGACAAAACAGAGUUUAUAUUUCAUAAUAAUCAUAAUUGUUUUUCAUCAUUUGAUUGUCCUACUUCAUUAAUCUCAUCAACAAUUUCAACAAAUAAGAUUCAUGAAUCAGAUCAUAAUACAAGUCAGUUAGUUGAAUUGAAUUCAACACAAACAUUUUGUAAUUCAAAUAUGAAUACUGGAUCAUCAUUAAUAAGAACAAAAUAUGAUACAAUUGUCAAUCCUAACAUUUCAUUUAAAACAAACUAUUUAAAUGAUUUUGAAGUUAACAGUACAAAUCAUAAUUCAGAACAAUUCUUAAGUAAUCAAUCAAUUGAAAUAAAUAAAUCUAUGUUAGAAAAUAAAUACCAUGAAAGUUACAUAACAGAUUGUUCACAGGAUGUUUCUAUGGAUUGUAUAAAUUCAAAUAAUGAUCAUUUUAAGAAUUUAGAUCAACAAUUUAGAUCACAAUUUAAUAAAGAAUACAUCAAUAGUAACUUUUAUCAUUUACAAGGAUAUCAAAAACCAAACUCUAGUUCUUUAAUAUCAUCCUCUACUCUUAAAAAUACAAUUACAGACUAUAUAUAUCAUUCGGAAGAGAAAAAUACAAUUUAUCCUACAGAUUAUUUAUCACAUUCAGUAAAUCUUAAUGAAGAUAAACUUAUUCGACCAACAACAAAUCAUGCUGCUGCUUUAGCUGCUGCUGCAGCUGCAGCUGUUGCAUUUCAUCAUGAAGUAGUCAGUCAACAAAAACAUCAAGAAGAAUAUACUCAACAUAUUGAAGAUAUUAAACAAGUAUAUAAACAAUCAGAUGUUCAAUUAGAACAACAAAAUCUAUUCAAUACUAAUAAUAUUACUACUAUCACUACUACUACUACUACUACUACUACUACUACUGAUACUAUCAGUAAUAUGAAUAACAAUCAUAAUAUAAAUUCUAUGAAAGAUAGAUUAAAUAUGAUCCAAGAAUCAAUAAAUACACCAUUAAAUUUUUUAAAUAUGUCUAAUAUGUUAAAUGAUGAAAAACAAAAUUAUUCCAAUGAUCAUCUAAUGAUUACAUCACCAUUAUUACAAUCAAUUCAAACAAAUUAUAAACCAAAAAUUGUAAAAUCUAAUGAAAAUUCAUUAAAAAAUUCAUUAAAUUUAUCGAAUAAUAAUAAUAAUAUAAAAAAUAAUAAUCAAUAUAAUCAUAACCUUGAUCUAUUCACUCAUUAUUCAUUAGAUUCAAAUAAACAACAACAACAACCACCACCACAGCAACAACCACAGAAACCCCAGCAACAACAACAACAAUAUUUAACUAAAGAUACAUUAAAUAUUCAUAAUUAUAAUACUAUAAAAUAUAAUAAUAUUACUGAUUAUAUUCAAUAUAAUUCUAAUAUAAAAUUAAAUCAUGAAAUUAAUAAAUUACAAAUUAUACAUUUAACUAAUGCAAUUAUAUUACCAUCAAAACAAUCAUCUUUAAAACAAAUACCAUAUGAAUAUAAUAAUAAUAAUACCAAUAUCAAUACUACUACUACUACUAAUAGUAAUAAUAAUGAUAAUGAUACAUGGAAUUCAUUACCAAAUGAAUGUAAUAAUCUUUUUAAAAAAUUUGAUGUAUCAUCUCAUGUAUUUAAGCAUAUAGGAUUAUAA